AUGAUAAUUGCAAAAGAAAGUUCAUUUUAUGCUUCGUUACAUCCUGGUUUUACAUCGCAAGAAUAUUUACUAAGUUCAAAAACAUCUAAUGAGAUAUUGGAAACAACUUUGAAAGAAUUAGCUGAACCAAAUGAAAGAAUUGAUGACUAUUCAGUUGAACAAAAUGAAGAAAUUAAAGCUCAAUAUAAAAAAUUAGAAACUACAAUAUAUUGUGAAGAAAGAUGUUUUCAAAAUUUAAUUUUUCAUGAACAUGCUAUUACAAAUUAUCAAAAAUUUCAAAAUUUAAAUAAUAAUCAAAAAGACAUGUUUUUAUUAGGAAUAAUAUCUGCAACUAUUCGACAAGAAACUACUACUAAAAAUCAAAAACGUAAUAAGCUUGCUAAUAAAUAUAUUUUUGAAGGAAUAGAAAUUUGUAAUAAGGCAUUUUUAAUAAUUUAUGGAAUUGGAGAAAAAUAUUGGAAAAAUAUUCGAACUCAUUUUAUACAACAAGGAAUUAGUUUAAGAAUACAUAAAUCAACUGGAAAAACUAGUCAUUUUGCAAUAUUAUUUGAAACUGGAAAUAUAUAUUUUAAAUCUCUUUAUAAUAUUCAACUUUUUGGAAUUUGUGAAGAUGCAUUUCCAAUUCAAAAAAAUUAUUUAAUAAAAGAAGAAGAAAGUAUUGGAAAAGGUGCAAAUGCAGUUAUAUCACUUGUACAUAAUUAUUUUACUUUUCAUGGAUUAGGUGAAACUAAUUUAGUUAUUCAUGCAGAUAAUUCGCCCAUAUUAGUAACUGUAUUAACGAACUGA